AUGUGCCCUGCCGCCCCCGCCCACUCCGAGCGCGUGGCGAUCCUGGACGCCGGCGCGCAGUACGGCAAGGUGAUCGACCGCCGCCUCCGCGAGCUCAAGGUCGAGUGCGAGCUGCUGCCCCUCCACACAUCCGCCGAGGACCUGCGCCGGGACGGCUACGCCGCGCUCGUCGUCUCUGGCGGCGGCGCGUCCGUGUACGCGGACGACGCGCCCAAGUACGACCCCAAGAUCUUCGAGAUGGGGCUCCCGAUCCUCGGCGUCGAGGAGGGGUCGACGCUGUUCGAGGGGCUCGGCUCGUCGACCAAGGUGCUGCUCACGCACGGCGACUCGGUCGACAAGCCCGCCGACGGCUUCCGCAUCGUCGGCCGCUCGGGCCAGAUCGUCGCUGCGAUCGAGUGCGCCGAGCGGCGGCUGUACGGCGUCCAGUUCCACCCCGAGGUGGACCUCCCGCCCCGCGCCGGCGCGCAGGUUGCCAAGCUGUCCGGCUCCUACACGAUGGAGUCGCGGCAGGAGGCGGCGAUCGAGGAGAUCCGCGCCACCGUGGGCGACAAGAAGGUGCUCGUCCUCGUCUCCGGCGGCGUCGACUCCUCCGUCUGUGCUGCUCUCCUGCACAAGGCCAUCGGGCCGGAGCGGCUGAUUGCGCUGCACAUUGACCACGGCUUCAUGCGUCACGAGGAGUCGUCGGGCGUCGUGAAGGCGCUCGCUGCGCUGGGCGUGCCGAUCGACGCGCUCGACGCGACCAAGGACUUUGCAGAGGCGGUCACCGAGGUCAACGGCAAGACCUCGCUCCCGCUCGCCACCGAGUGCGCGCCGGAGCUCAAGCGCAAGAUCAUCGGCGACACGUUCAUGCGGGUCACCCAGGCGAUGGUCGAGAAGAAGGGGCUCAAGGCGGAGGAUGUGUACCUCGCGCAGGGCACGCUGCGGCCCGACCUGAUCGAGUCGGCCUCCACCCUCGUUUCCUCCAACGCGAACCCGCGUUGGACUCCGACCCUUUCCCCGACCCUUCUCUCCCGACCCUUCUCGGACCCCUUCUCGGACCCCUUCUUCGUCCCGCAGGGGCGCAUCAUCGAGCCGCUCAAGGACUACCACAAGGACGAGGUGCGCGAGCUCGGGAUCGAGCUCGGGCUGCCGGCGCCGCUCGUCUGGAGGCAGCCCUUCCCCGGGCCCGGCCUCGCCAUCCGCACGCUCUGCGCGACCGAGCCGUACCUCACCGAGGAGUACGACCGCUCCUCGGCCGCCCUCGCUGCCGAGUGUGCCCGCCACCCCGAGCUGCGCCUCACUUCGGCGCUGCUGCCCGUCCGCACGGUCGGCGGCGACGGCCGCUCGUACUCGUACCUUGCCGCGCUCUCUUCCGACGCUCCGCCCGACGAGCAGUGGGAGGCGCUCUUCACGCUGGCGCAAGAGAUCCCGUGCCAUCUGCACGACGUGAACCGGAUCGUCUACGUGCUGGGCGAGAAGAUCGCCGCGGCGCCAAAGGCCAUCACGCCGACGACCCUCACGCGCGACGCGCUCGACCAGCUCCGCGCGGCGGACCACAUCGUCACGCAGACGCUGACCAAGUACAACCUGCUCCGCUCGCUCGCCCAGGUGCCGGUGGUGCUCUUCCCGGUCGGCUUCGGCGUGGAGGGAGCGCGCUCGAUCGGCAUCCGCGCCUUCAUCACCCGCGACUUCAUGACGGGCAAGCCCGCGCUGCCCGGCCGCGACCUCCCUCUCGAGAUGCUCGUCGAGCUGCAGCGGCGCAUCCUGGCCGAGGUGCCGGGCAUCGCGCGCAUCGCGCUCGACAUCACCUCCAAGCCGCCCGCCACGACCGAGUGGGAGUGA